AAACUUCUGAUUUUUUUGAAAAAUUCUCUCCAGAUUCUUUGAGUUUAUAUUUUUAUUUUUGAGGAUAUUUUUUAAAAUUUAAUUCUAAAAGCUAAUUUCCCGAUGAGUUAUUAGAUAGAUAUCAACUGAUCUACAAGUUUCACCCGUUUCCGGUGAAAUGAAACAAGAUGUUGGCUCCUGAAGUUUGGUCGAUUAAAACUAAAGAAACAUGCAGUAGCGUUUAUACGAGUGAAUUUAAGGAGUAUAAAGUCGAUUACGUUGACCACUUAAUAAAAUCUAAUCACUUCAGUCACAGCGUUGCUUUUACGAUUGCCGGUGAUACGGAGGUUCCACAUGAUUUGAUAAAAGUCCUCGAAACCGAUAAUGAAUACUACCUCAUCUCCAGUGUACCGGUUUCUGAAUUUUAUGAUUCCGUUUUCAUUGAUUCUUUCAUUAAAAAAGGUAAACUAUCCGUAUUGAGCGUCGAAGAUGAUAUUUACAGUACCAAUAGUUUUGCUGUUACGCCAAGUGGACUUCUGGUAUUGAGACUUUUAGAAGAACCCUUUUCAUGUUUAGGUAUCGAAGGAAAACGUACGAAAAUAUGGAAUAAUAAUCACUAUGUGAUUUCUUUGGACUUGAACAAGAAGGAAAUUUCAUCUGGUAAAUUAUGCGACCGUUAUCGUAAACGUCUUACUGAUUCUGAUCUACGUUUUGAUGUUAUAGUUAUUUGGGAACCACAUGAGGCUGCUAUAUGUCCGUCAUCGAUAGCAUCUUAUUUUAGUAAAAAAUCGUAUAAAGUUUCGUUAUGUAGUCCAAAACAUACAAUUGCUCAACAAUUCGAAGAAUCUGUACCUAGUCCUUCGCUAACAGAACCAGAAGAUUUUGUGCAUUGGUUUGGCGUCCAUUUACUUGAAGCAGAUAGACCAUCUAAAUCGAAAGAAUCGCUACCUAAAACGAACGUCAUAACGCACAAGUGGACCGGAUUUUUCAGCUCGACUCAAGUGCUCAAUUUAUGGAGAAACCUGAAACUACGAAGGACUCAACUUUCAAAUCAAAGCUGGUUUUCUUUGUACUUCAGUGAUUUCGAAACUUCGCCAUUGAAUUUCUCAUCGCCUUCUCAAGUCAACGUUGUUUCAGACAACUUUAUUACUGUUUUUUGUACUAACGAUAGCUGUAUUAUAUAUCCUCCCAAACCAAUUAAGAAAGUUAAUGAUUUGUAGUUCAAUGUUCCAUUUUUUCGAAAUACAUUUUCUAUUUUCAUGUA